AUGGUGGCGGAGGAGGGGCUUCAGCCUGAGGAGCCGCCUCAGGGCGCCGCCGCCUCUUUGACCGCCGCCUCGGCUGGGCUGCUAGACCCCUCUACCCUCUCCGACGCCGAGCGCCAGGAGGUCCUCGCCGCAGCGGCAGCCGGCACCCUGCUGCUGCUGCUGCUGCCAGUCUUUGAUGCCGGCCUGGCGGGUGACCUCUCGCUCUCGGCGCUCUUCGGGGGCGGCGCCGCCUCCGUGGCCGCAUUGCGCGAGGGGCCGGCCGGGCAGCGCUUGCGCGACGCUGCUCGCGGCGCCGUCGACAAGGCGGUCGAGGUGGAGAAGCAGUAUGAGCUCGGGAGCCAGGCGACGGCGAAGUACAAGGAGUGGGUUGCAAAGGCGACCAAGGCCGUGGGUGAGCUGGUUCGGCACCUGAUAGAUACGCUGUCGCAGGAGCCUCUCGUCGGUGCCCGCUCACGUGCCGGCACCACGCCAGAGCACUUUGUGGGGGAGUAUUGGGCUCGGAAGCUCUUCGCUGGGUGGAAGGAGGCCCGGCCAGCCUUGAGGGAGUCGCGGAGGAGGAGGGAUAACGCAGAAAAGCCGAAGCCCAAGGCGCGCAUCUUCCUCGCGCUGUUGCACAUGACGAGCACUGAGUGA